UAAACAACAACAACAAUCCUAACAGCGGCAACACAGGUGAGAGAGAGAGAGGGAGAGAGAGAGAGACCUAAUUAGCAUUCCUUGAUGGCGUAGCAAGUGACCUGGACUCCACCUGUGAUGUCUUUACCUGCGAGUCACCUGCUGCUGCCCGGCCUCACCCUCACCUGAUACCUGCUGGCGUGACCUGACCCCCUUGUGACCUAACUCUGCUUGACCUGACCUCCCUAUCCCCGCGCCGCCAUGGGUAAUACUGAGAGCUCCGUGACAUCAGGGGUGAAAGCUCAGGCCAAUGCGGUGGUGGAGAUCUACAGCUUGGUGGACCUCAAUGGCGGCGGCGAGCUUGUGGAGCUGAUGAAGAAGGCGAACAAGGCCAAGGAGUACGGGGAGCUGGACGAGACGAUCCGCUCCAAGAUCCCGAAAUACGUGUACGGGGGCGGCGAAGGGAAGUGUAUGCCCAUCCAUCGUCUGGUGCUCAGGCGGAACAAGGAACGACCGCCGAGCAAGGAGAUCACGCCCCCGAAGAACCUUCCUGACGACGACUCAGUGGCGGGAAAGUACAUACCGAGGAAGAUGUCCCCUGAUAAAACCACAGACCACACCACUUACCGCUACGUGUGUUGGGACCUCCAGCACGUGGGAGCGGUGGGCGAGAGCGUGCUCCACCUCUGUGUCCUCAACGCCACCUCCGUGCACAACGACCUCGCCAAGAGACUGAUCCGCCACUUCCCGAACCUCAUCAACGACAUCUACCUGUGUGACGAGUACUAUGGCGAGAACGUGCUGCACAUCGCUAUCGUGAACGAGGACCCGGCGAUGGUCAAGUUCCUGCUGGACAACGGGGCGAACUACCACGAACGCUGCCUCGGGAACUUCAUGUGUGCGGAGGACCAGAAGACCUCCAGAAUGGACUCCCUCGAACACGAAUGGGUUGACCUUUGCCAGCAGACCAACUACGAGGGAUACGUCUACUGGGGGGAGUACCCGCUCAGCUUCGCCGCCUGUCUCGGCCAAGAGGAGUGUUACCGCCUGAUCCUGGCAAAGGGCGCCAACCCGGACCUGCAGGACACUAACGGCAACACUGUAACACACAUGAUGGUGAUCUACGACAAAAUGGAUAUGUUUGAUAUGUGCUUCGAGGCGGGCGCCACCAUCAGCAUCAGGAACAGACAGGGCCUCAUCCCCCUCUCCCUGGCGGCCAUCCUCGCCCACCGGGACAUCUUUUUCCACAUCCUCAACAUCGAGCGAGAGAUUUACUGGCAGAUAGGUAACAUCACCUGCGCGGCGUACCCCCUGGAAUACCUGGACACAAUCAACGUGAACACCGGGGAGACGCAGACCAAAUCGGCUCUCAACCUUAUAGCCUACGGGGACAAGGAGGCUCAUUUGGACUUGAUGGAAGGACCGAUUGUGGACCUGCUGAAGACCAAGUGGGAGACCUUUGUGAAGAAAAGGUUCAACAAUCUCUUCCUCGUGUUCCUGGCCUAUUUCCUGGUGUCCCUUGUUGCCUACGUCUCCCGCCCAAUGCCUUGUGUCUCCUCGUCCAAGUUCUCCAGUAAGAGCCACCCGCUGUCCAUCAUGCAGCUCCCGGCGCUUAACAUCACCUGCGUCAACGUGUCCGUCCACCUGCAUCCCGACAUGGUGAUAGAGGACCCCACGGUCACCACGGAUCCAACUUUCGGCGGCCUCGUCACGACCGUCACCAACGCCACCAAUGACUACGACUUCACGACCUUCACCUCGAGGGUCACGUCGCAGCCCGAGGAGGAGGAGGACCUGGAGGACUUCCCGCCGCUCCUUCUGGCCGCUGGCGAGGACGAGGGCGAGGACGAUGAGGUGGUGACGAGACCCCCUGAAGAUGCCGUCACCGUGCAGUACUUGGUGGAGGGAGAGACGACCCCCGUGACCCUGGGCAGCGGGCUCAACGACCUGCUCAACGCCUCCGCCACCGCCGACAGCCUCUCGUCCACGCCGCGUCCGCCCCUGGUGUUCACGUGUCACAACAAGACGCACUACCUACACCUCACCGCCCACAACGCCUCCUUAUUCAUCACCAAGAUCAUCAGGAGAGCCAAGUACAGCAAGGCGCCGAAAGCCAUGGUCGCUGUGAACCCGUACGAUGACAGCAACUCCACCAACAACACGAGCAACGAGGACCCUUGCUACUGCGCCCUCUGGAAGACUCCCGCGCACUUUGACGGUGAGAUCCAGGUGGGCGGAUACUACCUGUCGGAACUGCAGCUUUACGUGCGUCUGGGCUGCGAGGCGGUCACACUGUUUGGGUCGCUGGCGUACCUAGUGGGCGCUGCAAAUGAGGCUCGCUUCCAGGGCGCGCAGAUGUUUGUGGAGAACCUGAGCACCGUGCCGUCCCGUGUCCUCUUCCUCCUCUCGUGCAUGAUGGUGCUCGGAAUGGCGUGCUUCAGGGCCCUCUGCAUGAACGAGGCCGAGGACGUGCUGGCCGUGCUCGUCAUGCUCAGUACUGGCCCCUACUUCCUCUUCUUCUGCAGAGGCUUCAAGACGGUUGGCCCCUUCGUCACCAUGAUCUACACGAUGCUGGUUGGUGACUUGCUCAGAUUCGUCACCAUCUACUUCGUCUUCAUCAUGGGAUUCUCGCAAGCUUACUUCAUCAUCUUCAACUCCUUCCACGACACCGAGGACCGCUCUCAGUGCGUGUCCAACCCCAUGCCCAACGCACCCGAGAGCGUCAUGAAGAUGUUUAUCAUGUCGCUUGGAAACUUCGGCGACUCCUACAGCGCCCUCGACUGCACCGACCAUGAUGUGACGGGCAAGAUCCUCUUCCUGGUGUUCAUGGCCAUCGUGUCGCUGCUCCUCAUCAACCUCCUCAUUGCUAUGAUGGGCAACACCUACGAGAGGAUUGCCGAGAUGAAGAACGAGUGGAUGAGGCAGUGGGCGAGGAUCGUGCUGGUGGUGGAGCGAGGCAUCAGCCCUGAGGAACGCCUGAAGCACCUCAUGAACUACUCACAGCCCAUGUCAGACGGCCGCCGCGCGCUCGUCUUGAGGCUGCACCAGAACGACGAGGAGCGGGAGGAGAUGAAGGACAUUCUGGACAUGAAGAGAGUCCACAACAAGUAUGUCCUACGAAGGAAGAACCGCAAGGACCCUUAUGCGGACUCAGGAGAUCCUACGCCGAGGUCAGCCACGCCGGCCAAUCCUGUGAAGAAGGUCUGAGUUCCUGAAGACUCUCACCCAUGCAGCUCUUAGUCCCUGAAACUCUUACUAGCGGAUGAAGCCUUUACCGUGGAAGCCCGCAGCUCGUACAUCCGCUAUCACCCUACGAAGCCCCCUCCUGACCCCCGAAACACCGUCCAAGAAGCCCUAAGCCCCUGCAGCCCCACCAGCCCUCGAAAACUAUCUCUAAGAAACCCUAAUCAUUUGGAGGUCUUAAUCG